AUUUUGUUGUUUGUUUUGUGUUGUAGGCAAGAUGGCGGAGGUGGAUCCAGAGACGCUGCUCGAGUGGCUGAACAUGGGCCAAGGGGAUGAGAGGGACAUGCAGCUCAUUGCACUCGAACAACUCUGCAUGUUGCUGCUCAUGUCAGACAAUGUCGACCGAUGCUUUGAAAGUUGCCCGCCGCGCUCGUUUCUGCCGGCUUUGUGCCGCAUCUUUUUGGACGAAUGCGCGCCAGACGCCGUGUUGGAGGUGACGGCACGCGCCAUUACAUACUACCUGGACGUGAGCGCCGAAUGCACGCGACGCAUAGUGGCCAUGGACGGCGCUGUCAAGGCUAUCUGCCAGCGUCUCAUUCUGCCCGCGCAGCAGGUCGCCAAGGAGCGUACCAGUCGCGAUCUUGCCGAACAGUGCAUCAAGGUUCUGGAGUUGAUCUGCACGCGCGAAGCCGGCGCGGUGUUCGAGGCGAACGGCCUGCAGUGCGUGCUGUCGUUUAUUCGCGACCACAACGCGCAUGUGCACAAGGACACGCUGCACUCGGCGAUGGCGGUGGUGUCGCGUCUCUGCACCAAAAUGGAGCCGGCCGACGCGUCGCUGCCAUUUUGUGUCCAGUCGCUGUCCACCCUUCUGCACCACGAGGACAGUCAUGUCGCUGACGGCGCGCUCCGCUGUUUUGCUUCCUUGUCUGAUCGGUUUACUAGACGAGGAGUUGAUCCGGCACCGUUGGCUGAACACGGUCUGGUCGGCGAACUGCUGACUCGGCUAUCUAACGCGGCCGGUCCCGCCGGCACCACAGCGGCGACCACGCCCUGUCCCAACACCAGCUCCUCGGCGCCAGGUGCGGAGACCAAGUCGCCCGCCUCUGUCUCCACCAUCAUCAGUCUGCUGUCGGCGCUGUGUCGCGGGUCGCCUACUAUCACACACGACCUAUUACGAUCAGAAUUACCAGAAGCCAUUGACAAAGCCUUGAAAGGCGAUGAAAGGUGAGUUUUUCCAACUAUCAAACGAUUAUGCUUAUAA